AUGGGAUACGACGGCGUUUCCACGAACGAAACGGCGCACGAUCCCUUCCUGCCGCUGGCCGUGGCAGCCACGUCGACCAGCCGUGUGACUUUGGAAACGCAUGUGGCCAUCGCCUUCCCGCGUUCGCCCAUGGUGGUCGCCUACACGGCGCGCGACCUGCACGACAACAGCGGCGGACGAUUCCGCCUCGGGUUGGGAACGCAGGUGAAAGGGCACAACGAGCGGAGGUUUUCCACUCGCUGGACUGGCUCAGCUGGGCCUCGCCUGCGAGAGUACGUGCAAUCGUUGCACGCCAUCUGGAACUGCUGGGACACGGGAAGCAAUCUGGAGUACGCGGGAGACUUCUACCAGUUUUCGCUGAUGACGCCAUUUUUCAAUCCCGGCCCCAGCGAGUAUCCGCAUCCCGAGGUAUUCACGGCAGCGGUGAACGGCUACAACUGCCUGGUAGCGGGAGAGUGCAGCGAAGGACUGAUGCUGCACAGCCUGGUUUCACCGGAGUACGUGCGACAGGUAGUACAGCCCAAUGUUGCCGAAGGAGCGCGCCGCGCCGGCCGAAAUGCCGACGACGUGUCCGUUGUCGGCGGGGGAUUCAUCGUCACCGGGCCCAACCGCUCGGCAAUCGCCGAGGCAGCGGAGGAGACCAAGCGACGUAUCGCCUUUUAUUCUUCCACGCGAACCUACUUCCCGGUGUUGGAAUGCCACGGAUUCGAGGACAUCGGACGAGAACUGCACGUCAUGUCGCGCGAGGGCAAAUGGGCGGAGAUGGGCGACCUGGUGCCCGACGAGAUGCUCAACGCCUUUGCCAUCAUCGGUGAGUACGACGAAAUCCCCGGCAUGUUCAAAGAAAGGUAUGGUGGGCUGGUGGACGAGAUGCACUUCUCGAUUGAGACUGCUAACGACGCGGAACAGGGCCAGUUGCGUCGCCUAGUCCGGGAGUUGCAGGAGCAGUAA